UAUCCCCUCAUCCGUGUCCCAUUCCUGUUCUUCCAGCCCCCACAGCCCAGCCCGUCCUGGGGCUGGGUUAGCCAGAGACCCCGAGGGAUCAGUCCCAUAUCCCAUUCCUGUUCUUCCAGCCCCCACAGCCCUGCCCAUCCUGGGGCUGGGUUAGCCAGAGACCCCGAGGGACCAGGCCCCAUAUCCCAUUCCUGUUCUUCCAGCCCCCACAGCCCUGCCCAUCCUGGGGCUGGGUUAGCCAGAGACCCCGAGGGACCAGGCCCCAUAUCCCAUUCCUGUUCUUCCAGCCCCCACAGCCCUGCCCAUCCUGGGGCUGGGUUAGCCAGAGACCUCGAGGGACCAGGCCCCAUAUCCCAUUUCUGUUCUUCCAGCCCCCACAGCCCUGCCCAUCCUGGGGCUGGGUUAGCCAGAGACCCCGAGGGACCAGGCCCCAUAUCCCAUUCCUGUUCUUCCAGCCCCCACAGCCCAGCCUGUCAGCAAAGAGCCAGCCACUAUCAGAAGCUUUGGGCCACGUUAGGUACUUGCAGAUGGUGAUCAGGUCAUUGCUUAGUCUCUUGGCUAAGGCCUGGUAUAAAGGGAGCCUUCAGUGAGAUUAGGAGGAUGGGCCAGCCCUGCGGGUGUCUGAGCUCGGCUGACUGCGGCCAUGUUACUGAGUUUGUCGGGGGGCACAGCCACACCUGCACACUGGGGUGUGUGACAAUACAGAGCGUGAGAUGCUCAGACACUGGGGGUGGGGGCAGAAAAGUGCCUGAGACCUGGUUGGCGCCACAGCCCUAGAUGGGUAGAACCGCGUCGCUUGGGGGUGUGACAAGCCUGUCCCCCGAGCGACAUUGUGACACCCACCUCACCCCCUGCAGGCAGCGCUGUGUCACCAGAGCGUGUCUCGGGGAGUGGAUUAACUACGCUUUCUCCCGAUGCUGCGCUUUCAGGGGAGACCUGCCAUUCGAUAAAACAGCUUCUCACUGAAAAGCAGCUUUUCCAGCCCUCGGAUGAUCCUUGUCACUCUUUCCUGAAUCCUUCCCAAUUUAUCAGCGUCCCUUUAAAACCUGGACACCAGAACUGGGCGAGCUAUCCUGUCUCGGGCUCACCAAUGCCGUAUGCAAAGGCCAAAGCUUCUGCAUCCCUAUCACCGAGAUGGUCGGGGUGCAGCUGGGCGGGUCUGGCUCGUCCCUCACAGUGGAGGGAAACCAAUUCACAGUUUUCUUCGUGCAGCGGGAGAAGCGACAGCGCUGGAGCCUGGGCUCCCUGGAGUUCACUGUGACCCCCGGCUCGGGGCUGGCCCCACGCUGGGUCGAUGCCCUGCAGCGGAGCAUCCAGCUGCAUGGUGUGACACGCCCCAGGAAGCUGCUGGUCUUCGUGAACCCUGGGGGGGGGCGGUGCCGCGCAGGUGAGAUUUACCGGGACCGGGUGGCCGGGCUCUUUGCCCUGGCAGGGAUCCAGACGGAGGUCAUAGAGACCCAGCGACCCCACGAGGCCCGAGAGCUCAUCCUGCAGCGAGACCUGGGCGAACUGGAUGGGCUGGUUUGCGUCGGGGGUGACGGGACAUUUAACGAGCUGAUGCACGCACUCAUCUCCCGGACGCAGAGGAAGGCUGGGAUUCCCGAGGACAACCCCACGGCCCCACUCCUGCCCCCCCGGCUCCGCAUCGGCAUCAUCCCUGCAGGCUCCACGGAUUGCAUCUGCUUCGCCACGGUGGGGACCAACGACCCCGUCACCUCCGCCCUGCACAUCAUCAUCGGGGACAGCCAGGCCCUGGACGUGUGCAGUGUCCACCACCACGAGCGGCUGCUGCGGUAUGCGGUCUCGCUGGUGGGCUACGGCUUCUAUGGGGACGUGGUGAGCGACAGUGAGCGGCACCGCUGGAUGGGCCCGAUGCGCUACGACUUCUCAGGGUUCAAGGCUGUGCUGUGUAACCGCAGCUACGAGGGCACUGUGGAGUUCCUGACGGUGGGGAGCACUGAGGCCAAUCCCCGGGACCAGACGCGCUGCAGGGCAGGCUGCCUUGUCUGCUCCGAGUCUAGUCACCAGCUCCUGGGGGGCAGCGAGGAGGAGAAGCUGCCCCAGCAGGAAGGCACUGGGGCUGCAGCCAGCGUGUGGCAGCGGGAGCAGGGCCGUUUCCUGGCCAUUAACUUGACCUGCAUGAGCAGUGCCUGCCCCAAGAGCCCCGAUGGCCUCUCACCCAGCGCCCACCUAGCCGACGGCACGGCCGACCUCAUCCUGGUGCGCGAGUGCUCAGCCCUGGGCUUUCUGCGUCACCUGAGUCGGCACAUGGACCAUCGGGACCAGUUUGACCUGCCCUUUGUGAGUGUGCACCGGGUACGGGCCCUGCGCUUCACCCCCAAGCAGCUGGAGGACAGUGAGGAGGGGGAGCAGCCCAGCCGCAGGGGGUGGAAGGGGCUUCUAGGGGGGCUGUGCUGUGGGGAGCAGCCACUGAGCUCCUGGAGCUGUGACGGGGAGACCCUGCCCCACGCCGACAUCAGUGUCAGGGUGCACAGGCAGCUCAUCCACCUGUUUGCCCGGGGCAUCGAGCAGGGGAUGGGCCUGGUUUAGGGGCUGCCUGGAGCUGCGUCCUGUGAGAGGGCUGUGCCCUCGCCCAUCAGCAGAGACCAAGAGCCCAGCAGGGCAACAGAGAUGCUGUGGUCUGCAGGGACAGCUGCGUGUCAGAGUCCUCUGUUUGCUCCCUGGCCCCCCGAGGGAGCUGUGCCAUGCUGGGUCAGACCAUCCCCACCUGGCUGGCUCCGAGGUGGGGUGGGGACAGGAGCGGGACCCGCAGUCCUCUGCAGCGACUUGGAGGCUCAGGCCGCCCCACCGCAGCCCGACUGGACAGUAGCCACCACUGCAGACGUCGUUUAACCAGGGCCACGUCUGCGCUAACUUACAUGGGCACGAAGCCGCUGCAGUGAUCACAGUCGGUGUAGUGGGGUGGUUACAUUGGCAGGAGCCAAAGUUCAGCGUUGACGCUUUCAGUUCGGUUGACAUAAGUGGCCUUGGGUCGACCCAACGCUGUAGUGUAGCCCAGACCCCGGGGGUAAGCGGAGACAGAUAGAAUGGAGCUGGAGGAGUGGGAAUGAGGGGGGGCACAUAGAGAACGCGGGAGGGGGAGCUUUUGGAAAAGCAGCUCACUCACAAAUAAAGGGAGAACAGGCCCCGCUUGGCUGUGUUUGAUUCCCACCAGGGGCGGGGGUCGG